AUGCCCCUGAACCAGCCCGGGGUCCUCGAUCCGGCCGAGUCCCCAGACGCGUCGGCUGUGGCCGAAGCCGACGGAACUCUCGAGGUCUGGAUCCAGACCGUCAAGAAGGGGCUCUUUGGGGUGCUCUUCAUCGUCAACAAGAACGACCACAAGGAGAGUCCGAUAUGGAUAAUAUCCGAAACCAUUCUGGACCACUUUCAAGACCUGGGGUUCCCGCUCCUAUGCGUGCUGUUUCCGUGGCAGCCCGAGAUCCAGUGGCUCCAGACCUUCCUGGGAUGGUUCUCGCCCGAGUCUCUCAUCGCGCAGUCGGAUAUUAUCCUCUACAUCCUCAUGAUCGUGCUGCUUCUGAUCAUCAUCAACACCAUAUUCGUGGCCUACUCGUUCUCGCGCAACCAAUUCCGGUACUUUUGGACCCUCAAGAUCCUGCGUGUGACCCUCGGGCUGCUCGCCAACGUUCUCCACAUUCCCACGCUCUCCAAGUUCAUCCUGGCGAUGGUGUACUGCCCAGAAACGCUGAGCAUCAGCGACGGCACCCCAAGAAACAUGAUCAACUGCUGGUCGCCGACGCAUCUGCCUCUCAGCAUCGUCGCCGCCGUGCUGCUGACAUUCUUCAUGCUACUGAUCACAGCCGUAAAGGCCACCUUCUUUGACCCAGAUCCAAACGAAAAGAACAUGCUGUGCCGGCCGCACUCGCGAGUCGAGCUGCUCUAUUUGGGCUGCCGCACUGUCUUGACGGUUCUCAAUAUUAUCUUGGCCGAGGGCUAUGGCGAGACCUCCUACCCCUACAGCAGCCCAACCGUCCUGACAUGGGUGUUUGCCGCAGCAUGUGCAUGCUGCUCUUGUCUGCUGGCGUUUUGCUACAUCUGGUAUAUUCCGUUCUACAACUUUGGCUACGCCUGCUUCAGAGCAUGCACCAUGCUGAACUUUGCCUGGGCGUCGCUUUGCGCCAUCUACACUAUCGUCCGGCCUGACUCCGAUGUCGGGAUAUUUUACGUCGCUACGAUCCCGCUGGUGUCUGUGUUUGCCAUUCUCGCGGUUCGCUCGCGCAGGCGCUACAUCGAAGGCAAAUACUACAGUGACAUCAAUUCGCCAUGGGUUAUGGAGCUGCACAUACGUUUCAAGCUCGAGCGCGCCGGCUUGCUCUACAAAGGAAUGGGCAAGGCCGGAGCCCUCCGUAAUGACGAAAGUCCUGGAGACUUGUCCUAUCAACCGACUGUUUCCGAUGACACUCAAGCACCGCCAACAGCAUCCAAGGCCAACGUGAGCUCAGAGGAAGGCAAUCCGCAAAAGGUCGUCAUCAUGGAAAUCACCGAGAUCAUUUCCUUUGCCCUGAAGCAGUUUCAAGAGUCCUGCUUUCUCCAGCUGCUCGCCGGCCAGUUUUAUCUCCUCCAGCUUGGCAACCGAAGCCAGUGCCUGGCUUCCCUGGGCCGAGCGGAGCAUCUGGAUCGAGACAUUGAUGAAGAGUUUUUGAUCUACCGUCGGCAAAGACUGCUGAACGAGAAGUUUUCUGGUGGCGAUGUGAUUGACUUUAUUGCGUGCGAGCAGAACCUGCGCUUUGCAAAGAGAUUCGAAAGACGAGCGACCAUCGCCAUAGCACAGUUCUGGAGAGAGCUGCUCAAGAAGCAUCCCGGCAUCCAGAAGCUCCAGAACAAGGGCUCGGACAUCAACUCGGCAAUCACGAGCGCACAGCAAUAUUACCUCUCCGUCCUGAAGCUGUCCCCCAAAUCCUCAAACGUGUAUCGCUUAUACGGAAAGUUCCUCACCGAGAUCAUGAACGAUCACAGGGAGGGCCAGCGGUACCUCGACAAAGCCGAGGAGAUGGAUACGGCAAAUCCAGAGUCCCGGGACGGCGGCGAGAGGUUUGACGCUUUGGAUCUCUUUGACGAGAAAGUUGCGCAUGUCACCAUAAGCGGCGAUCGCGAGGAUCUCGGCAUUAUCCAAAACGUCAACUCGACCGUCUCAAAGCUCCUGGGAUUCCAUAAGAGCGAGGUUCUCAACCACAACGUCAAAAUCAUCAUUCCAUCGCCAUUCGCAGAAAUGCACGACAUGCUCCUGCAGCGCUAUCUUGAUACAGGGUUUGCAAAGGUCAUCGAUAGAAAGCGGCACGUGCUCGCCAUCCGAAAAGAUGGCUAUUUGCUUCCGAUUGAUCUGUGCGUCAAGCAGCUGACGACGUCUGGCGGUGGAAUCUCCUUCAUCGGCCUCAUGCGCGCUGCCGAGCGUCCCGACGAGGAAGAGUUCAUUAUUCUCUCGGACUCGUUGCAGUUGAUCCAUUUCACCCAGGGGAUGUCGCAGUAUUUCAGCGUAUCGCCGAGCGAGCUGAGCCGCAAUGCAAGUGCCGGUUUCACCAUUAUAGACUACUUUCCCGGAAUCAAGAAGGAGCAGGUCAUCGACGGCGGCCGAGAGGUGCUCGUCACACUGCCGGACGACUCUAGCGAGGGCCAUUAUGAUCUGUGCUUCCAGUUCACGCACUUUGUCAUGGGCUCUGCUGGUUGCUACAUUGUCAGGUUUGCCAAAGUUAUCGCGGACCGCACGUCAAGAAGCAAGCGCGGAAGUAUUGUCGAGUGCCCGUUUUCUGCGCGAAGACGAUCGGAAGCACCCGAGUCGUUCCCGAUGUCGUUCUCGCCGGAGGGCUCCUCCAACCAGCUGUCAGCCCAGAAGUCGGCCGAGCUCGGCCCAGGAUCGGACCGAUUGCGGAGCAGCAGCGUCAGCAGUAGCCGCACGGGAAUUGGGGGCUCGUCGUACGCAAUUCGCCUGAUCUCCAAGAAAAACAAAGCCUCAGAGGCCAAAUUGCGCCACCUGGCGUUCUGGUUUAUCGUGUGUCUGAUGAUGGUAUUUACAGUCACUGUGACCGACAUCAUGCUCUACCGAUUAGAGAUAACCCAGCGCCUCAACAACCUGAACUACGUGUCGGCCACAGGAAGUGCGAUGGUGUCGUCGGCCUCCAUCGCGGACACUGUCCGCACCAUUGAGCUCAUCGAAAAGGGGAUCGUUACCUUCGAAAGCAUCUCCGACAAGGCCGUGUUCAGAUCGCGGCUUUUGAACCUCAUUUCUGUCAUCAAUACUGAUGCGUUGUUGAUUCCUACGGGCAGCGCAAUCACCUUGAUCAGCACUCCGGGCAGCAGCAUAUCCACGGGCCAGCUCACCUUCGUGGACGGCAUCAACCGGUUCCUGACGGUAUGUCGAAUCCUUCAAAGCAGCAACCCGCUUUACACAGAUCAAGCGGAUAUCCAGGCCGUCCUGCAGAAUGCGAUCGGCCCGAUCAUCACUGCCUUGGACUCGUCCACAGACCUCUAUCUCGAUUCAAGCGAAAACUCGUCGGGCGUCUUGAGGGCCUUAGUCGCACCGCUUCUCUGUGUCGUUGUCUACUGUUUUUUCAUGGGCCCCAUAUUCGCCAGAAUCAACGACAGCAAGGAGGACUUUUUGAAGAUGUUUCUCGACAUCCCAAAGGAAACCGUCAAGGCAAUAUACGAAUCGCACAAACAACGGCUGGCCGAGGAUUCCGAUAACGAGGGAGAGGAGGAUAUCUUCGAGUUUGAAAACGACAUUGAGCAACUGGAGAGCGAGCUCCGGUCGUCAGUGGCAUCGUCGGUGAUGAGAAGAAAGAACGCCAGCCUCGUGGACUCUUGGAAAUCGUGGAUCAUAUCGUUCUUUCGCGGACAACGGACGCCGCUGAUCCGGAUGGGGGUCAUGACAACCAUAUGCCUCGUCUACUUUUUCAUCGUCAGCGGAGUCUUCUAUGCCUACAUGAGCAGCAACUCAGGCGUCACCGUUACUAUCCACCAAAAAUACGUGCGCUUCAUGUUGAUGCGGCGCGUCACCUUUGCGCUGCGGGAAGCCUUCCUCUCGGCCACUGGGCAGAACGUCACCGUCGUGGCGCAGCAAGUCGCCAGCAUCAUCCAGAGCCUCGAUCUCUACGAGACCCAGGUCAUGGCCACGGCGUCGAACCUCUUGCCGUCUUCGUAUGAGUACGACCUCACCUAUCUCGAUGCCUGCGUGCCAGGGUCACUGGCCGGAUGCGACCAGUAUGCCUUUAGCCUGUUGUCGAACGGACUCGCGACAAGCGUCUAUUGGUAUAUUGAUUCAGCGUACCAGGCUUUGCAGAGCAUCCAGACAAUUGGACUGAGCGGCACAUACACCCAAUUGGUCCAGUUGAUGAUGCUUUUGAGAAGCUUGGACUACAGCUACCUGCAGUACACCAUCAACCAGGCAGUCAUCAGCCACUACCAGCCGUUCAUCGACUGGACGCAAUGGUUCGAGACGUUCCACAUCACCGUCGCAUCGAUCUUUGUGGCGGUGAUGCUUCUCUACUACUGGCGCAUCAUCAAUCCAAUGUUUUCCUUCAUGAGCGAAGAAACCAAGCGGGCGCACAUCAUGCUGCUAAUGAUUCCUCCCGAUAUCUUGGCGAAGAUCGACUCGAUCCAGGCGUGGGCAAAUGAAAACAAUGCCUCCAAAGGAAUCCUCCGAAAGCUGAGCUCCAUCAUCAGCGUUGAAAAGAUGGUUCCACCGCCUGCUCCGUCAAGUGCACCUCCUGCACUUGACGCGGGGAUGCUGAAGAAGAACGUGUCGUUCUUCCAUCCGGACGAAGAAGAUGGCAUCGACCUCGCCUGAAACGAAGGGAUAUUAGAAAUGUUUCAACGCAAUGGCAUCGGGGUGUGGAGAUUCCGCAAGAAAGCGUUGACGCACAGUGAUAGAAGCAACGAGAGAAACCAAAGGCGAGAGACUCUACGACAGCAUUUGUAUUAUUGGUGGCGGCUGGCGAUGCG